AUGCAGUCUAAUCCUACAAAUUUCAAAGAGUUUUCAUCUUAUCUUCGCUCCUCCUCUCUCCAUCUGGAUAUCCUUUGCUUGCAAGAGGUAUCUCAUUUCCGCUCUCAAUCUACUCUCACUGAAUCUCAAGUCCGUUCCUUUUCUUUUGCUUUUCCUAAUUGUUCUCUCGUUGUGUCCAAGCACUGUGCUAUUAUAUGUCUCAAUUCUCGUUAUUCUUUGGUGGAUACGGAGGUAUUGUUGGAUGAACGUUGUCUUGUUGCAUCUGUCGUAGAUGCCUCAAGCAAUGUUUUGUGCAAAGUGGCCAACAUCUAUGGUCCAGCGCAGUCUUUUGACCGUCCUUCAUUUAUCUCUGAUUUUCUCUCUCUUUCUGUUUGGUCUGAUGUGUUCAACACACCUUGGAUGGUUAUGGGUGAUUUCAACAUUCACUUGCAUUCUUUGUCUACUUCUCGUCAAGCCGAUGUCGCUCCUUUUGUUCACUGGUUGCGUACUCACUUUGUCAAUUGUCAUCCGGAUGGUUUAGCUACGUUUCCAAAGAGCAAUACUUGUAUUGAUUACAUCUUUGGUCACUCUUCUCUUGCUCCUCGUUUGACUAAUAGUCAGUUACUGUAUAUGCCUAGUAGGUGGACGGAUCACUCUCUUGUGACUGUUGAAAUGUUGCCUGCGACAGCUAGUAUUGGUCCUGGUAGUUGGCGGUUCAAUCCAACUCUGCUUGAUGAUAAGGAAUUUGUUGCGUUGUUGAAUGCCACGGUGUCAUUGUUCUUCUCUGGUGCUGUUGGUGGUGGGUCUAAGGGUGUCAAUACUAGUCAAGGUGGUAGUGGUGACUCUGAAAGCACGGUGGCUAGAUGGGAAUCCUUCAAGUUGUUACUAAAGUGCUGUGCACAAAAGUACACUAGAAGCAUGAAAGCACGAUUCAAGAACAAAGUUUUUACGCUUCAACUGGAACGUAUUAGGGCUCUGUCAACGUCUGUAUCAGGCGUUGAGACUAGGAAUGCUAUUUAUCAAACUGACAGAGUGUCUACUGCUACAGGUGAUGCUGAGCAGCAGGUCAGGCAACUAGAAGUUUUGAUUGAGAAUCAGAUACAGAAAGAGACUAGUCAGAAUAUGCUUCGCUCUGCCACUCGUUGGUUAGAACAAGGAGAACGUAGCAACAAGUAUUUCUAUCGUUCGAUCAAGGUGCGAGAGUCUCAACAGACAAUUCAAUCCUUAAAGUGCUCUACUACUGGAGAUAUCUUGGUGGAAGCAGCAGCUAUCAACAGGGAGGCACAAGGUUUUUACCAAAGGCUAUAUACCCCUGAUGCUGUCGAUGCUGAAGCUAUCGAUACUCUCCUGGGGAAUGUUCCAACUGAUGUACGUCUAUCAUCUUUGGAUGGUGAUAUGCUAAUGGAACUUCCAACUCGCGAUGUUUUGUUGUCUCUGCUCACUCAUGCUCCCAAGUCUAAAAGUCCUGGUCUUGGCGGUUUGCCUUUUGAAUUGUAUCAAUAUCUUGCUGGUGUUUCUACUGAUUUUCUUGACUUGCUUGUGGAUGUGUUGGGUGCAGCUUUUUCUGGUGUGUUUCCUCCUUCGUGGCAACAAACUCGUAUGGUGCUUUUGUUCAAGAAGGGUGACCCUCAGUUGUUGGUUAACUGGAGACCUUUGUCCUUAAUUAACAGUGAUGCCAAAUUAUUUACAAAGCUCAUUGCUAAUCGUAUGAACAAAGUGUUGCCAAAGUUAAUCUACCCUUAUCAAACUGGUUUUCCCCCUCAUCGUCUGAUCUCUGACAAUGGCUGGUUAAAUCAGUUGUUGAUGUCUCACUUGCGUGUUGUUGCUCCUGAUUUACCUCAAGUUGCUGUUUUGUUGGAUCAAGAGAAGGCGUAUGAUCGGGUUCAUCCUGAAUAUCUUUGUCGUGUGUUGCUCCGGUUUGGUUUUCCUGGUGAGUUGGUGUCUUGUCUGUCUUCUUUGUUCUUUGGAACCAAGAUUUCAAUGUCUAUCAAUGGUUGGCUUGGUGCUCCUGUACCUCAAUUGCGAGGUCUUCGUCAAGGUGAUCCUCUCUCUCCAUUGCUAUUCAAUCUGGCAUUUGAGCCUUUGCUUCGUUCUCUUCUUGCUUGUCCUGGUCUCUCUGGUGUUACUCUGUCUCCUGUUGAUAUCCCACGUAAAUGGAAGCCCUCACCGGUUGAAGUUCGUGUGGAUCAUGGUACUGGUGCCCGGAAUUGGACUUUGGACUUUGUCAGUGGCUCUGUUGCUCCUUCUCCUGUCAAGAUUCUGAGCUAUGCGGAUGAUCUUGAGGUGUUUUUGUCUUCGCCAGAAGAGUGGUCUGUGUUGUUGUCUGUUCUUGAUCUGUAUGGCCGAGCAUCUAACGCGAAAGUCAAUAUCAGCAAGACAGUGUUGGUGUCGUUGUCUGGUGUGUCACACUCUGCUUGGGUUGCUUUGGCUGAUUCUACUGAUCUCCAGUGGCAUGACGCUCACUCUCGUGGUGCAGUACGUUACUUGGGUUAUCCCUUGUAUCAUACUGAAAGUCAACUUCAAGACUAUCUUGAUGGUGUCUUGGUGAAGGUCCAGCGACACAGUAACUUGUUGAAACAAAGGAAUCUCUCCAUUAGGGGAGCAGGACUAGUGGCUAACUCGUUACUGUUGUCAAAGGUAUAUCAUUUGUUGCGUGUUGUUCCUGGUGGUGCUACUACUGCGUCGUGGUUGAAGUCGCUCACAAAGGUGGUUCGUGAGUAUCUGGUGUCUUUUCGCCCUGGUGUUGCCUGGUCUACUUUGUGUCUUCCUCGCAAAUUUGGUGGUGUUGGUCUCGUGGAUAUAGCAGAUCAAAGCUUAGCUUUGCAUCUUGUCUAUUUGCAACGUUUGUUGCGUCCACCCUCUCCCAGUGAUUUUGUCUCCUCUUGGUUGGUGUAUGCUUUUCAAGUUUACACUGGUCAUAAGUCCAUCUUGCCGUGGUUUUGUUUUCCUGGUCUUUACCAGUCUCGUGUGUCUUCUGUGCCUGUUCUAAAACAUCUCGGAAAGCUUCUGUUGAGAUUGCCAAAGCUACUGUAG